AGGGAAAGAAAGAAAAAAUAAAUAAUAAAAUAAAAGAAAAAGGGGGGGCCCGCUCUCUCCAAAAUGCAACGCAACAUUUAGAGGAAUAAAAAUGGACCCGAUAACUUUAACAGCGGGGUAGGAAGAGAAAGAGAGAGAGGAGGAGGAAAAAAAAAAAAAAAGCCUGUCUGGCAACAGUCGAUAUUAAAAACAUGCAGAGGGAGAGAAGCUCGGGGCCUUCCAGAGUCAGGAAAAAGACUUCGGAGAGCUGCAGACAGGAGAUGGGUAUGGCAUUUGUAUUUUCCCCCAGCCCAUUGAUUUGUAUAUGAAAACAUAGCGCUUUUAUUCUCCCCCCUUCUGGGCUCUGCUUCUGAGUGAUCAGCUGAUGAAGAGACUAGCAGCUCGCCGCUAUGCUGGCUUGCUAAUUCUCUCCCCCACAGCUGCAGCCGAUCCCGAUAGCCAGCCUGCAGAUUGCACUCAGCCUGAAGCAGGAGAGAACGGUUCCCUGGAGGACAUGGAAGACGACAUCAGUCUGAAGAAGCGCAAAGGUGAUCACCAUGGAGAGAAGGAGCUGCAGGGCACGCAAGAAACUGGCGAAAAGGUCAAGAGGAAGCGGGGACGCCCACCGGCUGAGAAACUCCCCCCGAACCCGCCUGAACUCACGAGAACGCUGAACACGCUGGUGGACAUGGUCAUCAACUACAAGGAUGGGUUGGGACGACAGAUCAGUAAAGGCUUUGUACAGCUUCCCUCUAAGAAAGAGGUACCCGAGUACUACGAGCUGAUCCGAAAGCCCGUGGAUUUCAGGAGGAUCAGGGAACGUGUGCGUAAUCACAAGUACAGAAGCGUGGGGGAUUUGGAAAAGGAUAUUUUCCUCCUGUGUCACAAUGCUCAGACUUAUAACCUGGAGGGAUCUCAGAUCUAUGAGGAUUCGAUUGUCAUUAAGUCUGUUUUUGAGAGCGCCAGACAGAGAAUUGUCACAGACGAGGAACAGAAAGAGGCGGUUAGCGCCAGCCACAGCGAUAAUGGCGGUGGGGCUGAAGACCAAUUUGUUCCAUCUGCAGUGAAACCAUUACCAGUGCAGAUAAAGAAGGGGGCUAAGGAGGAGCAAAGCAGAAAUACCAUGGCUAAGAGGCUUCACAGUGAUUUAGACAGUGAAGAGGAUCUAGAGGAUAACACCACAAAAGAUGAGGGUUGAACUGAAUCUCCCUCUGUUUUAUUAUUAUUUUUUUUUGUAUUCCUGUCCACGUCUUUUCUCUGCUACAUUCCUCUUCAUUGAUUUCUUUAUUUUAUAAUCAAAAGAAAGGUCUUUGACCACACAGAGAGAAGCAUCUAUGUAUAAAUGCUUUUUUCUUUUUUUUCUUUUUUUUUACAUAACUCAGUCUGAAACACAUCUUGCUGCACAUAGCGCUGUUCUUUUCACGUCGCUGGUCUUUUGCAAUAAUUAUAAUUUACGUUUUAUCUGCUUUGGUCCCUGUGAUUGCUUCUGCAGAUACUAUGUAAAAUACCAGUUUUACUGACUGUUUUUAAUCAGUAUAUUUGAUUGUAUGAAAUGCCUUCAUAUGUCUUUGGAGCAUGUAUGUAUCUCCCUCUUGAAAGCUCCAGAGGAGCACCUGCUGAUGACAAAAGGCGGAUGCGUUCAAUCAGAUCAAGAGAACUGAGGGACUUUUUAAAGAAAAACAAACCCUGUAAAUGUGUUUAAAAUCUCUGAAUGUGACUUUUAGGGAGGUGCAUUUCAUAAAAGCCACAGUGGAAGAGCUUGUCUGUUUCCGAUUCUUGAUGGGAUACGUUUGAGUCUAGCCAAGAGUACUCAAGGUGUACAUUUGUAUCCCUUGUUCUACAGUAUAUUCACAUGUUGUACAGUUUGUGUGACAAGUAACAGCGUUUUCUUUUCAUUUACUCUCCUAAUUGCUGGGGAGGAUGGAAGACUUCAUUGUUAAGACAAUCCCUAAAAACCUGUAUCACUUAAACCCUUGCAAAAUAAAUUUUACCAAAAACUCCA